CAAGCUUGACCAGGUGCACCCCCAAAUUCUCCAGGAUAUCAUGACCACCAUCCAUUCAUUCAUUCAUUAAUAAAGCUUGGGGAUGCCUCGGUCUGAGAAAUUGAGUUAUUUUGUCGGUGGCUUUUAAGUGUGACCCGUUCCCAUCUCGAACAACGAUCAAGAGGAGAGACACACUCACAUACCAGACCUCCUUCGACUCAACUAACAACAUAUCUACCUACCUGCGUACCUAUCUGGCUAGCAGGCAGUAACAUCUGCUCCUGCACAUAAAAGUCUAUUCAAGCUGGUUUAUUUUUACGUGAUAGUCACAUUUUAUCAACCUACCAAAUCAUGUUAUCCAUCUAUCUCCAAAACGAGUCGCAGAGGUGGGCGGCGCAGCACCAGACCUACCCCGCUUCCGCUUCUGCUUCCGCUUCUGCUUUCCCCUCCUCCAACGACUCUAGCGCACUCUCCGACUACGACGAAGAAAGCGACUGCGAAUCUAUCUUUUCGAGGACUAGUAAUAGAUCUAGGCGGUCUUCCGUCUCAAGCAUAUUAUCUGAUGAGGAGGAGGCAGCACCGGUUCCGUUCGACCAGCCUAGAGACUUCAAUGGUGCACCCAUUACCAUGUUCGCUUCGUUGGACCAAGCCGUAGCGCAGAGUACUCAAAGAGUGGAAACCCAAGGCGCCCCGCGGCGACUGGUAACACCGGGCAAACUAUACGAAAAUGAAGAGGAAGACGAUGAGAUAAUGGAAAUGGAAGCGGAGGAUCAGCAGAUGGACUACCACACAACGACAACAACUAGAAGCGUCGAGGGUGGCUUCCAUCGAAUAGUCGCCACCUGCACCGUUGCUGUAGGGUGAGAGAAAAUGAGAUAUAAAGAAAGGGGGGAGCGCCAAGCUUGGCAUUGUUCUACUUAAUA